AAGCAGGGGGGAGGGUUUUCUGGGAAGCCGAUAUUAAAGCCUUCAUCGCUGCACUUCUCACACCUUCUUCACUUCACAGAGAAAACAGAGGCAGGCAGCCAUGGCAAGGAUCAAGGUGCACGAGUUAAGGAACAAAUCAAAGACAGAGCUGUUGAGUCAGCUCAAGGAUUUAAAAGCCGAACUUUCUCUCCUUCGUGUUGCCAAGGUCACUGGUGGUGCCCCCAAUAAGCUCUCCAAGAUUAAGGUGGUGAGGCUAUCCAUUGCUCAAGUAUUGACGGUGAUAUCCCAAAAACAGAAGGCUGCUUUGAGGGAAGCUUAUAAGAACAAGAAGUUUUUGCCUCUUGAUCUCCGUCCCAAGAAGACCAGAGCUAUUCGCCGCCGCCUUACCAAGCACCAGCAAUCUUUGAAAACCGAGCGGGAGAAAAAGAAGGAGAUGUACUUUCCGAUGAGGAAGUAUGCCAUUAAGGUAUAAGCUUGAAAUUUGACUUAGGAUGGAUACCUUUAUGUUAGUUUCAAAGUGACUACUCGAGGUUAUUGUUGAAGUUUUGUGUUGUUGAAUUUUCGUUUUCUUCAUAACAUUCCCUAUUAUGUUUAAGUUUCUUACAAUUCUGAAUUAUGGAGUAUAAAGAGUGUUGGUUAGGCCUUUCUUUUAUAA